AUGUCAAGCAAUCUUGAUGACAUAAUCAAAAGAAUUUUAUCGAGAUCUGAGUCAAAUUGGUUAGGUUUUAAGUCUCCAUCUCCAACUAAAGAUACAAAUAAUGAAAGCGUAAUUUGGUUCCGUCUUUUUAUUCAAAUACUUAUUCGUAUGAAUGAUAUCGAUCAAGCAAAAAAUGAUUUUCUACGAUUAUGGAGAGAAAGUUAUGUUGGAAAUACAAGUGAACUAAAAUAUGCUGAUGAAUUUGAGAAGGAAUUUCAACCAUCACGCGCUAUUUGGUGGUACACAAGGGAAUGUGAACUCUAUAAAUUAAUCAAAAGAAUCUGCAGUUCUGUGGAUUACAAUGAUUUAUAUGCACUUCGUUUUAUCAUUAAACAUGUAUAUCUACAACUACAAGAAGAACAUCACCAAUAUCUAAGAAAGAUCGGUAAACAUGGAAUGAUUGUAUAUCGAGGAUGCCUUAUGCCACCUGAAGACUUCGAAUGGUAUCAAACCGCAAUCGGAGGACUCCUCAGUCUCCAAACACUAAUGAGCACUACACUAAACAAAGAAAUCGCUAUUGGAUUUGCUAAAGGUGUUCAAAUGCAUAGUAAUAAGGUGCAGGCAAUGUUUGAGAUUCUAGUCGAACCAAAAAAAGUUACCUUACCUUAUGCUGAUAUUAGUAAAUUCAGUGAAUAUCCGGAUGACGAAGAAGUAUUAUUUAUGAUGGGUACCAUAUUUCAAGUGAAUGACGUACAUUACUCUGAUAGUGAGAAAACAUGGAAAAUUAAUCUUUCACUUUGUGGAGAAGAUGAUCCUCGUCUUAAAAAUAUGAUUGAUUAUAUAAAAUAUGAAAUUAAAGAUACAGCAAAUUUAAUUACAUUAGCUCAUUUUUUCAUUAAAAUUGGAGAAUAUGAUAUGGCAAAAGAAUAUUAUCAAAAAUAUCAAAAUCAACUAUCAAUUGAUGAUCCUAACAUGAAACGUGUUUGGCAAGGUUUAUCAAAUGUUGCUGAUAUUCAAGGAAAUUAUUUUAUAUCAAUGAAUGAUUACUCAAAAGCACAUGUAUGUUUCAAUGAACAAUUAGAUAUAUGUCGAAAUUUACCAAAUCAUCAUCCACAAGUGGGAAAAUGUUAUGCAAAUAUUGCAAAUUUACAUGAACUACAAGAAACAAACAAUCUGGCUUUGGAAAAUUAUGAAAAAGCAUAUAAAAUUUUUACACAAUCACUUCCUGCUUAUCAUCCAGACACCACUAAAAUCGAGCAAUCAAUUGAAAAUUUAUCACCUAAAAAAAAAUCAACAAAAGAAACAUCGAACCAGUCAACAAUAUCAGAAAUGAUUGAAAUAUCUGCAGAUCAAUCAGAAACAAAUAAAAUUCUUGAAACGUUUCUCAUUGUUUGGUUAGAUGCAAAUGUUAAUAAAACAAAAGAUAACGAAGAGACAUAUAAAGCUUUACGUACAAGUAUUAAUUAUCUUAAAACAUUUGAUAAUUUACAAGAAGGUGAAACUUAUAUUCAAAGUAUUCACCAUGAGAAAAUUAUUUUAAUUGUAUCUGGUGGAUUUGGUAUGGAAAUUGUACCACGAAUUCAUGAUUUUGAACAAGUUAAUUGUAUUUAUAUUUAUUGUGGUGAUAAAGUACGUCAUGAACAGUGGUCUAAAGAUUACCCAAAGGUCAAAUCAGUGAUCACUAAACGAGACCAAUUAGUCGAAGAAAUUACUGAAGAUCAAAAAAUUCGUAAUAAAACUGAAGAUUCUCUUCCAAUGAGUAUUUUAAAUCGUACAGUAGUAACUAAGGAAACAACAGCGAAAGAUAUUGCAAAAGAAAUGGGUUCGAUUUUAUGGUUUCAAUUAUUAAUUGAUGUUUUGUUACGUAUGAAACAUACUGAUGAUGCUAAAACAGAAUUAAUAGAAACUUGGCAUAAGAAUUAUACUGGAAAUUCUUCUGAACUGAAUAUAAUUAAAGAAUUUAAAAAAAAAUAUCAACGAGAGAAAGCUGUUUGGUGGUACACUCGAGAAUCAUCUCUUUAUCGUAUAUUAAAUAAAGCAUUGAGAGAACAAUCAAUUGAUAUGAUAUUUUCAUUUCGAUUUUUUCUAACUGAAUUAUCAAAACAAGUUUCAGAAUUGUAUCAGAAUUCUAUGCAGCAAUUGAAAGCAUCAAAUACGAUAAGUGAACCGAUUUAUGUUUAUCGUGGACAAGUUAUUGCUAAAGAAGAAUUUGAACAAAUGCAAAAUAGUAUUGGCGGUUUUAUCUCAAUCAAUAGUUUUUUUUCAACAAGUCGAAAUGAGUUGAAAGCACGAAGCUUUGCUAUGAAAACAUCUGUUACUGAAAAACUUCGUCGUAUAUUAUUUAAAAUUGAAAUUGAUUCUUGCUUACCAACAAAACCUUUUGCCGAUAUUGAAGGAAUUAGUUAUUAUCCAAAUGAACAAGAAAUUUUAUUUAUGCUUGGAUCAAUAUUUCGUAUUAAUAAAAUUGAGUCUGAUGAAAAAAAUAAAUUAUCAAUAAUGAAUAUGAGUCUUUGUAGUGAAGAUGAUUUUGAAUUAAAAGAAUUAUUUGCAUAUUUAAAAAAAGAUAUUGGAGAAGAAGCAUCAAUGAUAACAUUAGGAAAUAUUUUACUUCAAAUGGGUGAAUAUGAUAAAGGUGAAAAAAUAUUUCUACGAAUGAAUCAUCAAGAAGGACUUAUUAAUGUUGAAGAAUUAAAAGGAAAUUUUUAUUUAGCUAUGAAACAGUACAAACAGGCGAUUGUUUACUACGAACAAUCGUUAAAACUUCGUCUUAAAUUACUUCCCGAAUCACAUCCAGAUAUUGGUAAAAGUUAUAGUGCAAUUGCAAUGGCCUACGAAUUUUGGAAACUAUAUCCAAAUUCUAUUGAUUAUUAUCAGCAAGCAAUUAAACAAUAUCAGCGUACAUUAAGAGAUGAUCAUCCAUUGAUCACACAAACUAUGAAUAAUUUACAAAAACUUCAACAUCGAACAAAACAUUAA